AUGCGAGGUUUUAGCUCCAAUUCUUCGUUUGUUAAUGGUUUGCUGUUGUCUGUUGCAGCUUCUAGUAGAGGUGAAAAACGUCAAAGAACUGCUUAUACACGGAAUCAGGUGCUGGAAUUGGAAAAGGAAUUUCAUUUCAACAAAUAUUUGACUCGAAAACGUCGAAUCGAAAUUGCUAAUUCGUUAUUGCUGAGUGAACGGCAGGUGAAAAUUUGGUUUCAAAAUCGCCGAAUGAAACACAAGAAGGAAACAAAGGAGAAGCCAACAACGCCGAUGUCAUUUGCAAAUCCUGGACUUCCUUUUCACAAUUUAACGUCAUUUCCCCGUGGUUUUCUUCAUUUAAAUAACUAUACUUGA